AACACUGACAGAUAAACACCACUGACUGCUCGUGCUCGUGAAACUCCUACUUUUACUCCGGAACUCCGAUUGAGACCGUGUAAAGUAAAAUGGACUUAAAUGACGCUGGACAUCUCUCAGAGCUGAGGAUUGUGUUGAUGGGAUAUAAAGGAGCUGGUAAGAGUUCAUCAGGAAACACCAUCCUGGGCAGAGACGGGUUUGACUUGAAGAGAUCUGCUCAGUGUGUGAGGAGACAUGGAGAAGUAGCAGACAGACUCAUCACUGUCAUUGAAGCUCCAGGAUGGUGGAGGAAUUACACUGUAGAGAACAGUCCUGAGAGACUGAAACAGGAGAUUGUGCUCAGUGUGUCUCUGUGUCCUCCAGGACCACACGCUGUACUACUGAUCAUACGUGUGGACACUAGAUUAAAAGAGACUGAGAUAAAAGCAAUGCAGGAUCAUCUGGAUCUUCUCAGUGAGAGAGUCUGGAGUCACACUAUAGUGCUGUUCACCUUUAAAGACUCUCUGUCAGACACAUCUAUAGAGCAAUACAUCGAGAGUGAAGGACAGGAUCUCCAGCGGCUGGUGGACAAAUGUGGGAACAGGUUUCAUGUUCUCAACAAUCGCAACAGGAGAGACGACACUCAGAUCAAGGAGCUGCUGGAGAAGAUUGAGGAGACAGUAGCACUAAACUACGGACGCCAUUUUGAAAUAGACAGAAAGAUUUUAAAGGAGGUGAAGGAGAGAAGAAGAACAGAGGAAGAGAGAGCAAAAGAACGAAUGAAGAGAAUGAAAAAACAGAGAGAAAUCAUCAGAUCACAGAUGAGUGACGCUGGACAUCUCUCAGAGCUGAGGAUUGUGUUGAUGGGAUAUAAAGAAGCUGGUAAGAGUUCAUCAGGAAACACCAUCCUGGGCAGAGACGAGUUUGACUUGAAGAGAUCUGCUCAGUGUGUGAGGAGACAUGGAGAAGUAGCAGACAGACUCAUCACUGUCAUUGAAGCUCCAGGAUGGUGGAAGAUUUACACUGUAGAGGAGAGUCUUGAGAGACUGAAACAGGAGAUUGUGCUCAGUGUGUCUCUGUGUCCUCCAGGACCACACGCUGUACUACUGAUCAAACGUGUGGACACUAGAUUAAAAGAGACUGAGAUAAAAGCAUUGCAGGAUCAUCUGGAUCUUCUCAGUGAGAGAGUCUGGAGUCACACUAUAGUGCUGUUCACCUUUGGAGACUCUCUGUCAGACACAUCUAUAGAGCAAUACAUCGAGAGUGAAGGACAGGAUCUCCAGCGACUGGUGGACAAAUGUGGGAACAGGUAUCAUGUUCUCAACAAUCGCAACAGGAGAGACGACACUCAGAUCAAGGAGCUGCUGGAGAAGAUUGAGGAGACAGUAGCACUAAACUACGGACGCCAUUUUGAAAUAGACAGAAAGAUUUUAAAGGAGGUGAAGGAGAGAAGAAGAACAGAGGAAGAGAGAGCAAAAGAACGAAUGAAGAGAAUGAAAAAACAGAGAGAAAUCAUCAGAUCACAGAUGAAUGACGCUGGACAUCUCUCAGAGCUGAGGAUUGUGUUGAUGGGAUAUAAAGAAGCUGGUAAGAGUUCAUCAGGAAACACCAUCCUGGGCAGAGACGAGUUUGACUUGAAGAGAUCUGCUCAGUGUGUGAGGAGACGUGGAGAAGUAGCAGACAGACUCAUCACUGUCAUUGAAGCUCCAGGAUGUAUAGGGAUUACACUAGAGAUGAGUCCUGAGAGACUGAAACAGGAGAUUGUGCUCAGUGUGUCUCUGUGUCCUCCAGGACCACACGCUGUACUACUGAUCAUACGUGUGGACACUAGAUUUAAAGAGACUGAGAUAAAAGCAUUGCAGGAUCAUCUGGAUCUUCUCAGUGAGAGAGUCUGGAGUCACACUAUAGUGCUGUUCACCUUUGGAGACUCUCUGUCAGACACAUCUAUAGAGCAAUACAUCGAGAGUGAAGGACAGGAUCUCCAGCGGCUGCUGGACAAAUGUGGGAACAGGUAUCAUGUUCUCAACAAUCGCAACAGGACAGACGACACUCAGAUCAAGGAGCUGCUGGAGAAGAUUGAGGAGACAGUAGCACUAAACUACGGCCGCCAUUUUGAAAUGGAUGGUAGUAAGGAAGCAGAAGAACGAUUGGACAAAUGGAGAGAAGACAUGAGAUUACAGACUAUGAGUGGAGCUGAAGGAUCUGAUUCAUGGUCUCUGGGAAGUUCUGCUUAUAGUUCAUUCAAAUCACGAUCAGGAGUAGACCCGGUUUUCAGUUCAUCACGUUCCAGAGAUUCAUCUCACACAAGUUACGAGCCAGGGGCCAUAAAAAAAUAUAGCAGCAUGGAAUUUCCUCCAAAUAUGAGUGGAGAUGAGCGAUCGGACACAAGGUCUGUGGGAAGUUCUGCUUACGGUUCAUUCAGAUCACUAUCAGGAGCAGACAGUGAUUCAGUUUUUAGCUCAUUACGCUCUAAAGCCUCAUCUCACAGCUCAGGAUUCGGAUCUUUGAGAUCCAUCCCAGAGUCUGAAGAGGGUUCAGGAACCAGACGAACACUUGCUUUGCCCAAGAUCUCCAAACUUUUCCCAAGAAGAUUAAAGAAGCAUGAAGAAGAUACUAAGAAGACAUGAAUAAGAUUGAAUUAAAGAUAAAUUGUGUCUUUAUAAUGUGGACAUUUAUGACAAGCAUCAUAAUAUUUACCUAUAAAUAUUAAUAAAACUAAAAGGAAUGUGCAGUUGUUUUAACCUUAAAGGGGACAUGAACUGAGAAAUCUAAUUUUCUUUGAAGUUUUAUAAAUGUAAUAUAAGAUGUCAUAUUAUCAUAUAAGAAAAUGUAUGCAUCAUAUCACUGGUAUAUCAUUUUGUUGUAAGUUGAGGGUUUUUAAAGAUUUGUUAAAUAUAAAAAACAAUUGUCUUAUUUGUCUGUCACU